AUGCUGUCUUACACCAGAGAAAAUAUCUUCUCCAGCACAGAUCUGCUGAAAACCAGUUCAGAAAGUCUGGCCAGGCCAAUGUUUGCUGCCCAAACUAUCAGGAGACCUCCAGGCCUUCCACCAAAGCGAAGCAGAAAAGCCAGAAAGGUGCUGUACCCGGCCCAGGUGAGAAAAUAUUUACCACGGCAGGAGAAAGACCCAGUCAAACGGUGGCUGCUUGUCUUUGUCGGCAUCAUCCUCAUGCAG